GAACAGCAUAUAUGUUCUACACAAACAGGGUCACAUCAGGAGGAGACGUAUAUAGUAACAGUAAAAGUAUUAUAUUUCAGAUUGAACAUGGUCGUUUUAUUGUGAAGGAGCGGCUGCUGGCUUCCUGUUUAUGAUGGACCGUGUAAGGGAUGCAGAAGAAGACUCUGAUGAUGGAGGACUGAUGGUGGACUGACAGAAGACGGAUGCUUCUCUCUUGGACCUGAAUAACACUCACAGUUCAGAUUGAACCGGGACUCAGCAUGUUGGCGAGGAAGGGGCUGCUGCCUGACGGCUUCCUGCUGACCCGCCUGGCGGAGGAUCAGACUCCCAACAGGAGCCGGUGCCGCUCCCAGAGAGCCCGGUUCAUCACCAAGAGCGGGUCCUGCAACGUGGCCCACAAGAACAUCCGGGAGCAGGGCCGCUUCCUGCAGGACGUCUUCACCACCAUGGUGGAUCUGAAGUGGCACUACUCCCUGCUGAUCUUCACCUCGGCCUUCCUCUGCUCCUGGAUGCUGUUUGCUAUGAUCUGGUGGCUCCUGGCCUUCGCUCACGGGGACCUGGAGCCCCGGGACCCCCACGCAGACCUGGGCCCCGUCCCCUGCGUCACCGCCAUCCACUCCUUCACAUCCGCCUUCCUGUUCUCUAUCGAGGUCCAGGUGACCAUCGGGUUCGGGGGCCGCAUGGUGACGGAGGAGUGUCCGCUGGCCAUCACGGUGCUGAUUGUGCAGAACAUCCUGGGGCUGAUCAUCAACGCCGUGAUGCUGGGUUGCGUCUUCAUGAAGACGGCGCAGGCCAACCGGCGGGCCGAGACCCUCAUCUUCUCCCGCAGCGCCGUCAUCGCCCCGCGCAACGGCCGGCCCACCUUCAUGUUCCGAGUGGGGGACCUGAGGAAGAGCAUGAUCAUAUCCGCCACCGUGCAGCUGCAGGUGAUCCGGCGCACCGUGACGGCAGAGGGCGAAGUGAUACCAGUGUGUCAGCUGGACAUCCAGGUGGAGAACCCUCUGCGCAGCAACGGCAUCUUCCUGGUGUCCCCGCUCAUCAUCAGCCACACCAUGGAGCGGGGGAGCCCCCUGUACGAGCUGUCCCCCCACACCCUGUCCACCGAGGACCUGGAGAUCAUUGUGAUCCUGGAGGGUGUGGUGGAGACCACCGGGAUCACCAUGCAGGCCCGGACCUCCUACACCCCAGAGGAGAUCCUGUGGGGGCGGCGUUUCGUCUCGGUGAUGACGGAGGAGGACGGACGCUACUGCGUCAACUACUCCAAGUUCGGGAACACGGUGCCGGUCCGGAUGUCCUCGCUCAGCGCCAAGGAGCUGGACCAGACCCGCGGCGUUCAGGACGGAGAACCUGCCAACCUGCAGGGCUGGGGGCUGGUGAGAGCCGGCAGGGGGGGGUUCCGCAGGGGGGGAAGAGCCUGCGAUGGAGGCUCUGCCCCUCGGCCCUGGUACGACCAAUCAGAGCAGCCGGAGAAGGAGGUGGAGCAGAAGGGGAAGAAGAAGAAGGUGCAGUUGGAGGUCAUCGGGAGGCAGGAGGAGGAGGAGGAGGCGGGGGGCGACUGAGCUGGAUACUACUGAUAUACUUUAUAUCUAUUAUUUAUAUCCUCAUGUACCUCUCUGAGAGGGCUGGAGACUAAUUACUUAGAGGUCUGAACUACAGAGGAAUGUUCAGUACUGAUAUAUAAUCUGCAGUUUCUAUCAGCAGGAGCUGUAGAUGACUUCUUGUUGUAUCAAUGCUUCUCAAUGAAUCUCAUACCGUCUGAAAGCCGGUUUACUCCUCUGUCAAUGGAGCCUCCCCUGUGAGGAACAUGCAUCUGAGGGAGGAGCGUGUGGGCUGGAGCAUGACAAAUGUGACAAAUCUCAUCUGCUAAACAGCUUGUUUUUCACCUGCUGACCCUGGUUGGUGUUGAUGGGAGGAUUGGAGUCUGAUGAAAAGACAUUUUGGCAAUUUUCUUAAACACGAGGAAGAGCCUCUCCUCCUCACAACAUGGUGGUGCUGGUCACUCUGGCACAGCUCACAGGUGCAAUCAGGCAGAUUCAUCAGGAGAUUGCCGCUCCUCCCUCAGAUGCAUGUUCCUCACAGAUGAGGAUCCAUUGACAGAGGAGCAAACCGGCUUUCAGACGGUAUGAUAUUUAAUAAUGAGAAGCAUUGAUACAACAUGAAGUCAUCUACUAAACACACAGUAAUUAUUGUUGUUAUUAUUAUU